GCAAAGUGCUAUGUCAUAUUAUGUAUGACAACUCAAGUAUAUCACUUGCUCCCGGACUUGGCUUGCUACGUGCAACUGCUGCAAUACGAUUUCUAGCUCAGAGGUUAAAUUUUUCAGUUCGAUAGCAGUAUUAAAAUUUCAGUUGACUUCGAUAAAGUUGUUGCUUACUUUAUAUCGUGAUCGUGAAACACGCGAGAACUGCAACCCACUGGACGGAAACAGAAAUUAUUUGAAUGUAGCGCACUGAAUUUAGUUUGCAUGUAUAUUACUAAAUUCUACCACCCAUAACCUGGUCUAAAUUAUUAACAGACACACGUGUUCCGUGUUCGUCUUAUUUGCUGUUAUGGAGGGUAAAUUCGUUCUAGCAUUGGACGUCGGUACAACGACGGUUCGUUGUCACGUUUUAGAUGAAUGUACGACAGCACAAGGAAUCGCGCAAGAACAGGUUGAGCUACUGUAUCCAGAAAUCGGCCGAGAAGAGAUAGACCCUGAAAAAUUAUGGACCAUCAUCUUAAAAGUGAUGAGAGAUGCAUUGUCAAAGGCCGGAGUGGGCGCGCACCAGGUCAGCGGCCUGGGCAUCUCCACGCAGAGGGCCACCUUCGUGACGUGGCACCGCCGGACCGGCCAGCCCUUCCACAACUUCGUGACGUGGAAGGACGUGCGCGCCGACCGCCUCGUGCGCCAGUGGAACGACUCGCUCACCAUGAAGGGGUUACGAGCUGGUUCUCGGUUCCUGUAUGCUGUAACAGGCAUGAAGAGGUUCCUUGCUGGAAGUGUGUUACGCUUCAUGAACACUCAGGUGACGAUGCGGCUGUUGUGGGCGCUGCAGCACGUGCCCGGGUUGAAGGAGGCGGUGGCGGCCGGCGAGGCCAUGUUCGGCACGGUGGACACCUGGCUGCUGCACCGUCUCACCUCGGGCCGCCUGCACGUCACCGACAUCUCCAACGCCAGCGCCACCGGCAUGUACGACCCCUUCACCGCGAGCUGGGGCGCCUGGGCCCUGGGAUUGGUGCGCAUACCGGCCGCCGUGCUCCCAGAGGUGUGGGACACCGCAGCAGACUUCGGGCCCAUCGCCCGGGACGUUCUGGGAGCGCCCGUGCCGGUGCGCUGCUUGAUGGCAGAUCAGGCAGCAUCCUUGUUCGGGUUGUGCUGCUUCAAGAAGGGUGACGUCAAGCUCUCGAUGGGCACCGGUACCUUUUUGAACCUCAACACUGGUGAUGAACCCCAUGCUUCUGUUGCAGGUAUCUACCCCGUGGUGGCAUGGCGAAUAGGUGACGAGACUGUGUGCGUGGCAGAGGGAGCGUCCAGCGACACAGGCUCACUCGUUCAGUGGGCACAGAACAUCGGUCUUAUAAACAGUGUUGCUGAGUGUUCAGAUGUUGCAAGAUCUGUUGAAGACUCUGAUGGUGUGUACUUUGUCCCAGCCUUCAGUGGUUUGCAGGUGCCGGUGAAAAACUUCCAAGCGUCUGCUGGCUUCAUCGGGCUGAAGCAGACCACCGGGAAGCAGCACAUGACCCGAGCCAUGCUAGAGAGUGUCGUGUUCCAAGUGGUGCACUUGUACCGCACUCUGCAGGACGAAGCCAGGUGCAAGCCUUUGAGCAUCAGGGUUGAUGGCGGAGUGUCGAAGAACGACUUCAUCUGCCAGCUGCUCUCGGACCUGAUCGGGGUGAAGGUGCAGCGGCCUGCUUCGACGGAAAUGUCGGUGCUGGGAGCUGGCUUCCUGGCGGGACUGCACUCUGGUGUCUGGAAGUCCAAGGAGGACCUGGUAAAGCUGAUGAAGGUGGCGGAUGAGUUCUUGCCAACGGAGGGAGUGGCGGCCAGGUAUGAGCCACUCAUGGCCCAGUGGAGAGCAGCCGUGGAUAGGUUCGUGGACUGGUACCCCGUGCCGCAGUGAUAACUGCUGGAGCCGGGCCACGUCAGUUUCAAGAGCACACGUUUUCAACACACACUGUCUCCAUCAGAAACAUCUGCCAGAUGUGUUCGGUUCCUGUGCCUGUGUUUAGCCUUGAAGAAACAUGAGUGUUAUCCUUUGCCAAACUUGCCAGAUGGCUGUAUUACCAUUAAUUGCAUGUGAUUUUUAAGAAUGUUUGGUCAUUCUUGGAGAUAAUGAACUUGUUUAGAGUGCUCCUUUUGUUAUUGCAUGGGACCAUUUCAUAUGUGCAACAACUUUUUUUACAUCUACAAUAAUUUCUGAACUGUUUACUUGUCAAGAUUAAGUAUAUAUAAGAGUAAGUAUAAAUUGUGCAGUGUACAACUUUUUUUAGCUUAUGAAGAUUCUGUAAGAGCUGGUUUACAUUCGCAAUAGCAUGUGUACAGCCUAGAUGCACAAACGUUGAAUGUAUAAAACUGAUAGCAGCAGCUACAUUGGAAAAUAGCACACGGCGCAGCAAAACAGCAUGCGCCUGUUGCGCAGAAAGUUUCCGAACUGAAACAUAUGGUGAUGGUAUCUUCAUCAGAGGAGGUUUCAAACCGCUUACGAAGAUACAUACAUAGACAUAGCAACUUAAACAGUGAGAUCCCUUCUAGUAGUGAUAUCAGGAAGCUUCACAGGCUUACUGGACAAGGCAAAAUUUAUUAACAUACAGUAAACAAUGACUCAAGAAUUUGAGUAGUAUACUCUGUAACACAAUAUUUAUAUCAAAAGUUUAACAUCUAAUCAACCUUACCUACAAAAAACACGCAAAAGACGAGUGCAACCUCAUGCGUACAUGUAUAGUAAAACAUAUGAAACCUUGAGGCAAAAUACCACCCAACGUCAGACAAAAGAUUAUGUGACCAAAUAUACCUAGAUCAUGUCAAACAUUUCAAAAUUAUAAGAUGAAGAAAAUAAUAAUCACUUCAAUAUUAGAGAUAUUCUUCUGUAACAAUAUAAAAAUAUUGCAUAGGAAAUUGUUUCUAAGUUAAGAGGAAAAAUGUUACUCAUGUAAUACGAAACUCUCAGUGGACAAUUCAAAAUUGCUCUUGCUCUUGUUCGGAUUUUGUAAACAUUUUUGUGGUGAACUCUCCUGCGGCGUGUCAGGUACUGGCCAGGUCCACAAAUUACCUGAGGCAUGCAUAGUGGUAGAGUGUAGAUCAGGGCUGUCGAGAGCGGGAGAAGUAUCGCUAUGAUAGUAACAGUGCCAGUUGCACAAGGCAUUAUUGUUUGUUUUAUCGCCAACGAAGGUGUGAAAUCGAAUGAAAUUUUGAACAGACUCCAGCACAGUUCGGUGAUGCUACUCUGAGUAAAAACCAAGUGUGAUAUUGGGUCCAGAAGUUUUGAAAUGGUCAAGAUGAAGUGGAAAAUCAAAGCCAUAAAAACACAAACGUUGAAUGUAUACAAACUGAUAGCAGCAGCUACAUUGGAAAAUAGCACACGGCGCAGCAAAACACCCUGUGGUACCUCUGGCGAGCCAUUCCGUCUACUGCCCACCAGCCACGUGGCGACAUCAUGCCCUGAGCCAGGAAUCUCAAGCGCCCUGUGAACUAGCACACAGGAUAGCUAUAGACAUGAUAGUUUGUGCCCUCUGCAUCUUAUCAACAUCAGUAACAACUGCCGUGACAGGCAUUAGAUGACAAGGUAUUGAUUAUACAAUCCGCAGAUCCAGGUAAAGCUAUUUUAGUCAAAGCCUAACUAGGCUAAAGUAGCUAAUUAUUUCAAGGGAAAGUAUUGACUAACAAACUUAGUCUCAUAACACUGAAUCAACCAUGUACAGGUUCUGAAUCAGUAAAUCGAAAUGAUAUUGUCAUUCCGUACUGUGUACAAGGGUACUUGUGUCUACGAUCAGGCCUCGCUGCACUGUCGUCACAACUAGUACAUUCGUUGGAAGUUGACACCAUAUAAGGGUGAGCAAUGUGGUGCACCAGUAUUGUUAAAAAGUAACAGCUCCAAAUUUAAUUCCGCAUGUGCCCGGAUAUCCGAACUCAGGGGAGGGGUGAUACGAACGAAAUACAAGUGCAGGAGGAGGUAAGCGGAAGGAGCAUGGAGAAGGGCACAUGAAGUGCCGUAGCCAAAUAAGUCCGAUGAUUGCCGAAGCAAAAGGAAGCAGCACCAUCGCACACAUGCUGGUGCAGAACUACUAAGUUUUCUCUGUGCUGUCGCCCAUUUCUGUCUGUGGCCAAUUAAUGUACACUACAUCACCGGAUAGAAUAACUGACUUGUUUUGAUAUUAGUAUUUCAAAGUUAAAGAGUGAAACCUAUUCAAAUACAUAUGUUUGUAUUUAUGAGGAAAUGUUUGUACUUUAUUAUUUACAAAAGUUUAAACGUACUAUUCCUAAAUGUUAACAGCAAAAUUAUGAAAUUAAGUCCUUGGAUUUAGGUAAACAACUGCUUCUGCAAAUAAUAACUGAGAAUAUUAAAACGUUUGGUGGAAUGAUUCAAACUUCUGUGUCAUGUGCGAAUGUAGCUUCGACUUCUGUACUGUGCGUGUGCAACUAUGCUAUUUAUAUAUUGCGUGCUACUAUUGUGAAUGUAGCCUAUGUUUAUAGGCCUGGUCACAAUCAACAUAAGCUUUUCACAAGCACAACACAGUAUUACACACAGCAGUUGCAUGUAAUUCAAUCUGACUAGCUACCAUUGUACAUUGCGAAAAGUUUUACACAAGCCUGGUAUUAGUAUAAGUAGAAUUCGCUCUAGGUUUAACUCUUGCUUAAUACUAUGUUGUUACUCAAACUGAGAUAUGUUUUUAGUGAAUCAGAAGCUCUGAACACCCUACUACAUCAUCAUUUGAGAACUUUACUUAUUCCUAAUAAUAAAAGUCAAAAUGUCUGUGUAGACUAGAUUGUGUCAAAUACUUUAUUUUUUGUUUUUGUUCACACUGUCCUAUUUCUGUAGGAGGAGAAAAUAUGUAUAUCUGAAAAAAAUUUAAGUUAAUAUUCGUUGUAACCAGGCUGUUGUGUUUGUUUGGUUUUAUGAAAGUGCUUAUCGCUAUGACCAUCAAUGUGUUACUAUGUACUAUGUUAAUUGUGGCCAGGCCUUAAAAGUAAAUAGAAGCAAUUGAAGUGUACAAGAAAUAAUUAUAAUUAUUAAUAUGCUGUACUUUUUAUUAAUUUUCAGUAAUUUAAUUAUUAUCACUUCUAUUAUUUUUUUUAAUUUUGCCACACAAGUAAGGCAAAGUAAUGUGAUUUAUACUAUGUAACAUAGUGUUUCAUGCUCUAUCAUUAUUUUUUUUUCAAUUUACUUUUAUAAUUGAUGGCUGUGUUAAAUUCACGUGAGGUGAGAAAGUCAUGACAUGCAAGUAUUAUCACAAUUAUAAUGAUGCCGUACCUCCUGUGGCAGUGAAGCCAUUCCCCAAUAGCUGGUGCCCCUGCUGGCGGGACAAUCCACUCACCCGGCCCACGCAAGUCAAGUGUGAACCCCAGUGCCAGUAUGCUAAUAGCAUGCCCAGUUUUAUUUUGUUACCACCCCUUAUAAUUCGUUGACCGAACAAUUCAGUAAUAAAGUAACCAAAUUAAUACAAACUCGGUAAUGCUCACAAGGGAAAGUGCGACGUGAGACAUGUGUGUUGGCCCUUUAAGUUCUCCGUGCUUUAUGAAUGCCCUUAAUUCCCCUUGCGGCUUUGGAUCUUAAUUAAUUCUUGCCAUCAUCUGAGUCACUUGUGAUAAAAAAAACAACAAAUACAUAAUAACAAACCUAGUAGUUACAGCAAACAAAACAAUCACCAACUUGGUUAAAAUUUUGUAACUAAUUAUUUAGCUUUUGUGGGCUUUUAGUCAGCUGUUGGCCAUACAGAAAUUAUUGUGAUGGAAUUGUAAUGUGUUUAGUUUAUAAGUUUUCAUGAAAAAUUAUUUACCGUUUUUUGUUGGAGAGCCUUCAACCUUGUGCUACUGAUCUUUUCAAUCUGGUAAUUAUAAUUUAUCAACCCUAAA